UGGUCUCGAAGGCCAUUAUCCAAAGCAUCCAGCAGGUCCAACCACAGCCAGGGUUCACAUCGUCUCCACCUCCUCAAUAUUCCCCCAUGGCGAUGCGGCCCAAGUCCGAGAUGUCGCCGCCGCCGGCGCCCCCGUCGCCCUCCGACCAGAGAGACGCUGUCAUAGAGGAGCUCCGGAAGGGCUCUCAGCUUGCGGAGUUCCUCCGGCAGCAGGUGGAGCUCAUCCCGGAGGACAGCCGCCGUGACGCCGCGCUGGCCAACGUGAGCGACAUCACCACGGCCCUGGCGUCGUCACUCUCUGUGCUCCAGUCCGAGAGAGAGCAGUACUACUGCUCCUCCUCCUCCGACGCCGGCCAUGCUUCCGGCGCCUCCGGCGGUGGCGGGGUGCGAAACGGCGCAGUCGCACGCAGGAACAGGAAGGCGAAGCAUCGGCGAGGUACCUAUGGCGAGGAGCUCCCAAUCAAGGAGAUACUAACCGAGGCACCAGAAAAUGAUCGAUUCCACUGGAGGAAAUAUGGGGAGAAGAAGAUCCUCCAUGCUGAUUUUCCAAGGUUAUACUACCGAUGCGGAUACAGCGACGAGCACAAGUGCCCGGCGAAGAAGUACGUGCAGCAGCAGAACAGCAGCGACCCGCCCAUGUUCUUGGUCACCCUCAUCAACGACCACACAUGCGAUACUUUGUUCCCAGAUGAAGACCAAGACCAACCACCCAGCAGCUCAAGCAGCGCUAAUAACUCGCAGGUGCUCGACUUCUCCAAAGCGUCGCUCUCUUCGACUGUUGGUAUCUCGAGGUUGAAGAAGGAGGAAGACGCGGACAUGUCCGUGACCGUGCCCAGCUACAACUACACGUAUGAUGAGCUGUCUUCUUCCUCGUUGCCGUUCUUGUCGCCCAAGCAGUGGGAGAUGGAAAUGGAGGUCAAGUCACUUUUUCGUCGUCACUCUGGGGAUGGUAACUAGCUAGUUAGCCCGUGAAACUCAGUGUUUUAGCUAGAUCAACUUGUUGCAUGCAAACAUCUACCUGAACCUUAAUAAUUGCAUGCAUGUUGUGAGAGAU